AGAAGAAAUACAUGUAUGCAAUCCAUUUAUAAGUUUAGAAAAUAUGUUCCUCUUCUAUUUGAACAUUUUGCUUGUUAUUUUAGAAUUUGUACAAGGAUCGGGCUAUUUUGAAAUACAAAUAAUAACAAUUCAUAACCCCCGCGGGGAAGUGAUGGAGGGUGAGUGUUGUGACGGGGACAGGAACGGGAACAAUAGGUGCGUUAAGGAAUGUAACACAAUGUUUCGUGUGUGUUUAAAGGAAUACCAGAGUGUUAUAACUUUUGAUGGAAAAUGUACUUUUGGAAAUAUAACGAGUUCUGUAUUUGGCGGGAAUUCAUUCACAUAUCCGAUAGGGAGUAACAAUAGCAGGCUAAAGCUACAUUUCGAGUUUGCUUGGACGUUGACUUACAGUCUUACAUUAGAAGCCUGGGAUCAAGACGUGCGUUCAGAUGAUGGUCGGAUUAUCGAACGUGCAUCUUACUCGGGUAUAUUACUACCAGGACCAGACUGGUACACACGGACACACAAUGGACCUACAGCUAGUCUUAUCUAUAGAAUACGGGUGGUUUGUGAUAUACAUUAUUAUAAUACAACGUGUACAAAAUUCUGUCGACCACGAAAUGAUACAUUUGGACAUUAUAAGUGUGAUUCUCAUGGUGACAAAGUGUGUAUGGAGGGCUGGAUGGGAUCGGAAUGUGAUAAAGCUAUAUGUAAAACAGGUUGCAGUCACGGGUCCUGCGACACUCCUGGAGAAUGCAGGUGUGCCUAUGGGUGGCAAGGUGAACUUUGUGACCAAUGUAUUCCAUAUCCCGGAUGUAAGCACGGGUCAUGUAACGGAUCACCAUGGCAAUGCUUUUGUGAUUUAAACUGGGGUGGAACUUUAUGUGAUCAAGACCUGAAUUUCUGUGGUCGUCACCAUCCUUGUACAAAUGGCGGAAUUUGUUUGAAUUCUGCACCAAAUCAGUAUGAUUGUAAAUGUCCGCCUGGUUAUUCAGGCAAUAACUGUCAAAGAACGGAUUUGGCGUGUACUUCUAGUCCUUGUUUAAAUGAAGCUACAUGUGAGAAUGAAAACGGCGGAUUUAGAUGUCAUUGUCUUCCUGGCUGGUCCGGAAGUUUAUGUGAAGAAAAUAUAAAUGAAUGCCAAUCUAAUCCUUGUUUACAUGAAGGCACGUGUGUUGAUGACGUCAACGAAUAUCACUGCCAGUGUAUAUCAGACUGGCAAGGUCCUCAAUGUCAACUGAGCAAGACUGAGUGUAGUGGAAGUCCAUGUGUAAAUGCUCAUACUUGUGAGGAUAUGCUUGGAGAUUAUAUAUGUCAUUGUUUGAAAGGCUGGAAAGGCAAAAACUGUGAUAUAAAUAUCAACGAUUGUCAAUAUCAGUGUCAAAAUGGUGGACGAUGCAUCGAUCUUGUUGCAGAUUACCAUUGUUCAUGUAUUUCCGGUUAUACAGGACGUAACUGUGAAAAUGAAAUAAUGGAAUGUAACAGCAACCCGUGUAAAAAUAGAGCAAAAUGUCAUGACAAAAUAGCUGGCUAUAGUUGUGAAUGUGUUCUUGGUUACUCGGGCUUUAACUGUGAGAUUGACAUUGACCCAUGCUUUCCCAAUCCGUGCAGAAAUGGUGCUAGUUGUUUUAACGUUCAAGAUGACUUUUACUGUCAUUGUACUAAAGACAGGAAAGGGAGAUUUUGUGAUGAAAUCAAAACAACAUGUGACUCAGAUACAUGUCAAGUGAUUGACAGCUGUACAAUAGCUUUACCAAAUAACAAUUCCAUAGGAGGAGUGCAACUGAUCUCAUCAAAUGUUUGUGGAAAGCACGGGAUCUGUAUAAGUAGACCUGGCGGCCAGUACAGCUGUGUUUGUGAUACAGGAUUUACUGGAGCAUAUUGCCAUGAAAAUAUCAACGACUGUCUCAGUAAUCCCUGUCAGAAUUCUGGCACUUGUGUAGAUAUGGUAAACUCAUUUCAAUGUAUAUGUAAAGAGGGAUACGAAGGCCUACUGUGUAACAACAAUAAAAACGACUGUUAUCCUAAUCCAUGUAGAAAUAGAGGAUCGUGCUUGGAUCUGGUAGCUGACUUCAUUUGCCAAUGUUCAAACAAUUGGAAAGGGAAGACAUGUGCCCUGAGGGACUCACAUUGUGAUAAUUCCACAUGUCUUAACAAAGGAAAAUGUAUUGACUUGGAAACAACUUUUACCUGCCAGUGUCCAGAUAAUUAUGAAGGAAGCACUUGUCAAAUUCGAUCAAUCAAUGCAUGUGAUAAUUCACCAUGUAGAAACCAUGGAACAUGUGUGAACAGUGGAGAUACUUUUACUUGCUUAUGUAAGGAAGGAUUCGAAGGAUCUAUGUGUGAAAUCAACAUUAACGAUUGCAAUCCGUUUCCAUGCUAUAAUGGUGGCCGAUGUAUUGACGGAGAAAAUUGGUAUAUUUGUGAGUGUGCAAAUGGCUUUGCCGGACCAGACUGUAGAGUCAAUAUAAAUGAGUGUAUAUCAGAUCCAUGUACAUUUGGCAGUACAUGUGUUGAUGGUAUUGGAUCUUUUAAAUGUAUAUGUCCACCUGGUAGGACAGGAACAUUAUGUGCGGAGGUGGCGGGAAAAAUGCCCUCACCAUUGUCUUGUCUGUUCAAUAGACGCACAUAUCCUGAUAAAUCAAAAUGGGAGCAUGAAUGUAAUUCUUGUAGCUGCGAAAAUGGUCUAGUUACUUGUAGCCAGAUUUGGUGUGGACCAUCGAAUUGUCUCAAUAAUUCGAGAUACGUAGGAAAUGUUUUAGAAUGUUCUGAAGGUCAGACCUGUGUUAUACAGACAGAUAAAAUAUGUUUUACUCCUCCGUGUAUUCCUUGGGGUCAUUGUGAAGACCUCAGGGAAAACAAAGACACCAUUCCUUAUCAUGUGGAUUCAAAUUGUGAAGCGAACAGUCCUCAACUAUCUAAUAAUUGUGCCAAGAUUUCUUUGAUAUUUGACAAAUCAAAAACGCCAGCGGGAGUAUCUGUUGAAACAAUUUGUAAUACAAUUCGAAGGUUACCUGUACUUAAGACAUUGUCUAAUGACCAACAUGUAUAUGUUGUCUGUAAUUUACAUAAAGUGCGUCUGAACGCUGUAGAUAUAUUAUUGUCAGUGGAAGCAACCAAGUCAAACAAUCAGAUAGAUGCCACGCUUAAAACAGCUAUCGACAACAUAACACAAGUCAUUAGUCAUAAGCAGACAGGAAGUAGUGCUCUGGCAGCGGUAGUAGAAGUAGAAGUGUUGAUGACAGUGUCUGAUAACACACUUACUAUGGAAUCCGUUUACCUCAUUCCAGUUAUUUGUUCAGCGAUUGGACUUCUUGGUAUUGUGAUAAUUGCUCUAUUAGUUGUGUUUCAUGUACGACAAAAGAGACGAUUUGAGAGAUCAAAAGCACAUGCUGGGUAUAUUGAACAAAGAACAAACAACGAAAACGAAGAAAAUUUAAGACGAUAUAAGAAUCCAUUAUUCUCAGAAACUAAUAAAGGUGCUGAACAAAAGAAAACGAAGUUAGAAAAGGAGUUAGAUAAAAUAGAAAAAAGUCCCAUGCAAAUCAUAUCAAAGUCCGAUUCCAUUAACGAAUCAUCAACAGUGACUCCUCCAAAAACAAAGGUCAAGGACAUCAACAUAGAACUUUCAAAAUCUAGAGCAAAAGCGGCGGAAAGACAAAAGGAGCUAUUUGAAAUUUCAAAGACAGUGGGCGUUGAUAUGGAAAGCGAAGUUAUGGUUUAGUUUAGUACUCUGUAUACAUGUAUUAAGGUCUUGAAGUAAU